UCCAUUUUUGGAAUUUUACAUUUUCUUAUAAGUGUAACAGCUCGAAUUCUAUAUCUAUAAAUCAUAGUACAAGAAUAUUAGAAUGCUUAUAUGCUAUAAAAUAGAUAAAAUCAGUUGUGGUAAUUGUAUUUCGCGCCAAAGUCAACCACCUCAUUACCUCUUAUUUGAAAUCUUUUCUCUGCGCGAGAGAAAGGCACCGCAAGAUGAUAUCGAUCCCGUAGAGGAAAUGUUAAAAAAAACCGGCUGCAUGGAAUUGCAUUAUCAAGUUCAAGAGUGUAUAGCAGAAACUCAAGAUUGGAGAAAGUGUCAAGGUGUAUUGAAAGAAUUCAGAAUGUGCAUGGAGUCUUACCAAAAAAUGCGAGAAAAGUAGUAUCCUUAACUUUAUAACAAUGUUAGCUUUUAUAAAACGCGUAAAACGUAUAUUUAAUUAUACUGUAAUGUAUCCAAA